ACUUCGUUUUUAUGGGUAGCAGAGGGAGGGGUGUGUUUUGAGAGUGUUGUCGGUUGUACCGGGGAUACAGCGCUGCAAAGGUUGGUGAACGUAGACCCCCCAGAUAAGACCUCGGUUCUUACCCCCUGAAAAGAACUAUCACGGCUGACAUACCGAGACGAAGCGAAAGCGGAUGAAAUAGACAGUAACCUGACAUCCUCCACCAGAGAAGAAACCAAAUGGGGAAUCUGUUAAAAGUGCUAACUUGCACAGAGCUUGAACAGGGGCCAAACUUUUUCCUUGACUUUGAAAAUGCACAGCCAACAGAAGGAGAGCGAGAGGUGUGGAACCAGGUGAACUCAGUCCUCCAGGACUCUGAGAGCAUCCUAUCUGGCCUGCAGGCAUACAAGGGAGCUGGCCAGGAGAUCAGAGAUGCGAUUCAAAACCCUAGCGACCUCAUGCUGCAAGAGCGAGCCUGGAACUCGGUCUGCCCACUGGUCAUCAAACUCAAGAACUUCUACAGUUUCUCUCUUCGACUAGAGGAGGCGCUACAGAGUUUGUUGGAGUCCCUGACAUGUCCGCCCUUCACGCCAACUCAGCAUCUGGAGAGGGAGCAGGCGCUGGCCAAACAGUUUGCAGAGAUCCUCCACUUCACUCUGCGCUUCGACGAACUCAAGAUGAGAAUUCCUGCCAUCCAGAAUGACUUCAGUUACUACAGAAGAACCAUCAGUCGAAACCGGAUAAACAAUAUGAACUUGGAUAUUGAGAGUGAAGUUAACAAUGAGAUGGCUAACAGAAUGUCUCUGUUCUACGCUGAGGCCACACCGAUGCUGAAAACACUCAGUAAUGCAACCACAAACUUCGUGACAGAGAACAAGACACUGCCGCUGGAGAACACGACAGACUGUCUCAGCACUAUGGCCAGUGUGUGUAAAGUCAUGCUGGAGACGCCAGAAUAUUCAAGCCGCUUCAGCAGUGAGGACACACUUUUGUUUUGCAUGAGGGUCAUGGUUGGAGUCAUCAUUCUUUAUGACCACGUCCACCCCAAUGGUGCCUUCAACAAGUCCUCCAAAAUAGAUAUGAAAGGCUGCAUAAAAGUCCUGAAGGACCAGCCAGCAGACAAUGUGGAAGGCCUCCUGAACGCCCUCAAAUUCACCACAAAACACCUGAAUGACGAGUCCACUCCGAAGAACAUCCGGACGAUGCUCCAGUAAUAUUUGUUCUUUUUUUAUAUAAACAGAUAAGAGGAUCAAUGCUCUGACCUCAUAUAAGAUGUAUAUGUUUACAUUAUUUAAAAAGACUCGAUGUUAAUACUUGUGUAUUUGCAUAUUCAUUCCCUCCAAGUUAUUAAAAGCUGCAGGACGUACUCUGCAAAAAAUCUGAAAGAAUCACAUGAACUGCCUCUACUGUCAACAGCUUUCGAAGCACAAAUGAUGGAUACCUAUCAGACAUAUCCUGUAACUGAACUUUGCAAGCAGCACUUGGAGAUAAAUGAGCAAGGCAGCACAAAGAUGUCCUUAAGAAAUCUUUUCAGUCUUUUAGUUGACAAUGGAAUUAAUUUAGUGGUUUUAGUCCAGGUAAACUUGGUUUUUGAAAAAAUGGAAAUAGUGAAACUGAAUUCUGACAGAUUGUUUUUCAGUUCACAGCAUCACAUUUAAAAAAAAAAAAAAAAAAA